AUGGCAAUCGAAACAUCCUAUCUACACAUGAGGAUGCCACCGUUAUUUGUGACUGGAAUCUUGAUAAACAUAAGUGCAUUACUCUUCUCGGCAAUCUCAACUAUCAUUUUUUCAUAUUUUCUUUUAUCCAUAUUUUGUUUCAAAACUGUCAAGAAAGUUGAGUCACUUGAUCUUUUCUACUGUCAUUUUUUCUACGAUGCGUUAUUUAGUUUUACAACUCUUCUAAACAUGAUCAUCAUGCUGUUGUCCCAAACUGAAGCUGUUCAAUUUUUCAUUGAUAAUCGGAAUUUUGCUUUCGUCAUUGUCUAUCCGGUAUACCUUACCGGAUCCAUGCGAGCUAUAAUAGUGCUUCUAGUGGAAGUCGACAGAGCUGUUGCUACAUGCUUCCCAAUUUUAUUCUACAACUACCGAACGUUGAUCCCUUCUAUCUUAUUAAUUGCUCUCACAUUAGCAUACGCUCUUGUAGAUUUAUACGCCAUGUUCAUAUACUGUGGGGAUUCUAUUGAUGUACCACCUGGCUGUAUUAGUAUCAUGUGUGCUUUGAGCAUUUGUUAUAGAACUUAUUGGUUGACUUAUGAGAAAUUUACCUAUGCAUUAACAAUGUUUUUUUCCUUGGUGCUGUGUUCGAGACUAUUUUUCAUGAAUCAAAGGAAUGAUAACCCAAGUGACGAUCUUAAACGAGCCAAUCGUCUCGCUCUAAUUGACAUUUUUGUCAUUGUUGUUUUCGAUAUAAACCCUUCAUUCGUCAUAAAAUUCAAAAAAGUUCCAGAACUUUCAUUGUUUUAUUGUCAUUUUGUGUAUGAUAUUUGCUACAAUUUGGCGAUUUUCUCGAAUGUUCUUAUUGUUAUUUUAUCCACAACAGACUAUCAGUUUUUUAUCGACAAUCGAAACUUUGCGUUUUUCAUCAUCUACCCAGUAUUUUUAGUUGGUUCGAUGAGAGAACUUUUGAUAUUCUUCAUAGAACUGGAUAGAACAUUUGCCACAUAUUUUCCUAUAAUCCACUUCAAGCAUCGUAAAUCCAUACCAACUUCACUUAUUGUCUCUUUUACUGUAUUUUACGCAUUUUUCGAUAUUUCAGUUAUGUUCAUCUACUGUGGGGAUCGUAUAGAUGUACCACCUGGCUGCACGAAUAUUGUAUGUGGGUUGAGUACAUGCUACAGAAGUUAUUGGAAGUUUAAAAAAAUCCCAGAAUUCUCAUUGUUCUAUUUCCAUUUCGUUUAUGAUGUAUUCUAUAGUUUUACAAUGUUUUUAAAUUCGAGCAUAGUGAUCUUAUCAACAACGGAUGUUGUCCAAUUUUUCAUUGACUACCAUAACUUUUCAUUUUACAUUAUCUACCCGGUAUUCUUGGUUGGAGCGAUGAGAGCACUAUUGGUACUUUUCAUUGAGAUUGAGAGAACUUUUGCCACAUACUUUCCCAUAAUCUACUUCAACUAUCGUAAAUCCAUUCCAACUUUGUUAAUUGUGUCUUUCACUAUAUUCUACGCAUGUUUCGACAUAUCCAUGAUGUUAUAUAUCUGCGAAGACCCUAUAGAUGUGCCACCUGGUUGUGUCAGUAUGAUGUGUGUAUUGCCAUCGUGCUAUAGAAGAUAUUGGGUCAAUUUCGAAAAAGUUAUCCACAUUUCGAUUAUCAUUUUAUCACUGCUUUUAUGUUUAAAACUAGCUAUACUGAAAUACAGAAAGAAGUGUAUUCAUAGUGAUUUGAAAAGGGCUAAUCGACUAGCUAUCACUGACACCUGCAUCAUUAUUUUGUUUUUCAUGACACCGUCAAGUGUGGUUUCGUUUUUCCCCAAUUUUUACAUUUAUGUUGGUCCGGUGGUACCAUUUUUCAAAACAAUGGGAAUGAUAGUGGAGGGAUUUGUUAUUUCGAAAAACUUGAGCAGACGAAGGACCAAGAAGCCAAGGAUAGUAACCGAGGCAAAAACUGCGUUCAAAUCUAGCUCCACUGGUUUUUAA